UUAUUUCUAGUCAAAAUGAAAUUUUCUGUAGUAUUUGUGUUUGUAGCAUUAGCUUGCAUGGUUUACGCUGCACCACAAGAAGGAUAUUCAACAAAAUACGAUAAUAUUGAUUUAGAUUCGAUUCUUACCAAUGAUCGAUUAUUGGAUUCUUACAUAACAUGUGUCGAAGGAAGUGGAAAAUGUACAGCUGAAGGUGAAGAAUUAAAAAAAUAUUUUAAAGAUGGUAUUGAAACAUGCUGUGCUAAAUGUUCUGAAAAACAAAAGGAAGGAUCCAAAAAAGUAAUCAAUCAUUUAGAAAAAAACAAGCCAGAAAAAUUGGCAGAACUUAAAGCGAAAUUUGAUCCAACUGGUGAAUACGAAAAAGCAUGUAUAACAAUCGAAAUGAAAUUCGCAGUAGUGUUUGUGUUUGUAGCAUUAGCUACCAUUGUUUACGCAGUGCCACGACCAGAUGGUGAAACAUAUACAACGAAAUGGGAUAAUAUCAAUCUUGAUAAAAUCCUGAACAAUCCUCGUUUAAUGGACAAUUAUAUGGCAUGUGUUUUUGACAAUGGAAAAUGUACACCAGAAGGGGAAGAAUUAAAAAAAAAUAUGAAAGAGGCAUUGAAUACUUGCUGUGAAAAAUGUUCUGACAAACAAAAGGAAGGAGUCAAGAAAGUAUGGAAUCAUUUCAAAAACGAAAAACCAGAAAAAUUUAAAGAACUCAAAGAAAAAUAUGAUCCAGAAGGAACCAAAGAAGAAGAAUGCAAAAAAAAACUUGGUUGGUGAUUGGUAAAGGAGAGUUCUUCUAUGGCAGAAUUACAUAAACUGUUCAAGUUUAUUUCAAUAUUUUUUUAUUUUAAUUUUUCUAACAUGUACUUAAAA